CGCUGACCCGCCACCAUGGCCCGCGGGAAAGCCAAGGAGGAAGGCAGCUGGAAGAAAUUCAUCUGGAACUCGGAGAAGAAGGAGUUUUUGGGCAGGACCGGCGGCAGCUGGUUUAAGAUCCUUCUGUUCUACGUCAUAUUUUAUGGCUGCCUGGCCGGCAUCUUCAUCGGAACCAUCCAGGUGAUGCUGCUCACCAUCAGUGAAUUUAAGCCCACGUACCAGGACCGAGUGGCCCCGCCAGGACUAACACAGGUUCCUCAGAUUCAAAAGACUGAAAUUGCCUUUCGUCCCAGUGAUCCCAAGAGCUAUGAAGAAUAUGUGGUGAACAUAGUCAGGUUCCUGGAAAAGUACAAAGAUUCCGCCCAGAAGGAUGACAUGGUUUUUGAAGAUUGUGGCGACGUGCCCAGUGAACCUAAAGAACGAGGCGAAUUUAACAAUGAACGGGGACAGCGGAAGGUGUGCAGAUUCAAGCUCAACUGGCUGGGGAACUGCUCUGGAAUAGAUGACGAAACUUACGGCUACAAAGACGGCAAACCCUGCAUCAUUAUAAAGCUCAACCGAGUUCUGGGCUUCAAACCUAAGCCUCCCAAGAAUGAUUCCUUGGAGUUUUCCCCAGGAACGAAGUAUAACCCAAAUGUGCUGCCGGUUCAGUGCACUGGCAAGCGAGAUGAAGAUAAGGAGAAAGUUGGAAGCAUGGAAUAUUUUGGAAUGGGUGAUUACGCUGGUUUUCCUCUGCAGUAUUACCCCUACUAUGGCAAACUCCUCCAGCCCAAGUACCUGCAGCCCCUGCUGGCUGUACAGUUCACCAACCUCACCAUGGACACUGAAAUUCGCAUAGAAUGUAAGGCGUAUGGUGAAAACAUUGGGUACAGUGAGAAAGACCGUUUUCAGGGACGUUUUGAUGUAAAAAUUGAAGUUAAGAGCUGAUCACAAGCACAAAAUCUUUCCCACUAGCCAUUUAAUAAGUUAAAAAAGAUACAAAAACAAAAACCUACUAGUCUUGAACAAACUGUCAUACGUAUGGGACCUACACUUAAUCUAUAUGCUUUACACUAGCUUUCUGCAUUUAAUAGGUUAGAAUGUAAAUUUAAAGUGUAGCAAUAGCAACAAAAUAUUUAUUCUACUGUAAAUGACAA